CUGCUCCGUUCAGUAAGCAAGGAAACUGCAACAGAUAAGUAAGCGGCUAUUACUGCCCCGCCACCAAGGCUGCCAACAAACAAGAAGAGCAAAGUCCAAGCAAGCAGCGGCUUCAUCGCCAUCUUCCCGUUCAGAUUCAGGCAUAUUUAUUAUCGGAGGGAUACGGAUACGGUGAACAAAUUACAAGAGGCUUUUGUUUGGCAAGAAGCGCUGUCUGGUUUGAACAGCGUGAAGCCAAGACGAGACUAAACAAAGAGGAGUCUCGAGGGGCGGAAAGGAGACUAAAGGGGUCCCCGACUGCCUCGCUCAGGUCCCACAGCGGUGCCCUUUCGCCUCUCGCGCUGCCUGCCCUGCCCCAAGCGAUGGUCAACAUGCAAGUGUGCGCCCUGAACUGCGAGACGCUCCGCGAGCUGCUCAAGGACCGCUCCUUGCAGUGCCUGGUGCUGGACUGCCGCUCCUUCUUCUCCUUCAACUCCUCGCACAUCAGCGGCUCCUGCAACGUCCGCCUGAGCACCAUCGUCCGGCGGAGGGCCAAGGGAGCCAUGGGCCUGGAGCACAUUCUGCCAAACGAGGAAGUGCGCGCCCGCCUGCUCAAGGGGCUCUACCACGCCGUCGUGCUCCUGGAUGAGCGCAGCGCCGACCUAGAGGCGCCCAAGAGGGACAGCACUCUCUUGCUGGCCCUCAACACCCUCUGCAGGGAAGCCAGGGAUACCCGCAUCUGCUUCCUCAGGGGAGGAUAUGAUGCCUUCUUGUCCGCCUGUCCUGAGCUGUGCACAAAGCCAUCUGCUCCUAAAAACCUGACUUUGCCGCUCAGCACCAAUAAUGUGCCUGGCAGCGCUGAUUCAAACUGCAGCUCCUGUGGGACUCCUCUCUAUGAUCAGGGUGGUCCGGUGGAGAUCCUACCUUUCCUGUAUUUAGGCAGUGCCUAUCAUGCUUCCAGGAAAGAUAUGCUGGAUGCUUUGGGGAUCACAGCCUUGAUCAAUGUUUCUGCCAACUGCCCAAACCAUUUUGAGGGGCACUAUCAGUACAAAAGCAUCCCUGUGGAAGACAACCACAAAGCUGACAUCAGCUGCUGGUUUAACGAAGCCAUCAAUUUUAUAGAUUCUGUUAAAAAUGACGGUGGGCGAGUGUUUGUUCACUGCCAGGCUGGCAUCUCCCGCUCAGCGACCAUCUGCCUUGCUUACCUUAUGAGGACCAACCGAGUCAAACUGGAUGAAGCCUUUGAGUUUGUGAAGCAGAGAAGAAGCAUAAUCUCCCCCAAUUUCAGCUUCAUGGGGCAAUUGCUGCAAUUCGAGUCCCAGGUUCUUGCUCCAAAUUGCUCAGCAGAGGCUGGGAGCCCUGCAAUGUCUGCAUUGGACAGAGGAACAUCCACUACAACAGUCUUUAACUUCCCUGUCUCCAUCCCAGUCCACUCUUCUUCCAGUGCACUAAGCUACCUUCAGAGUCCCAUCACCACCUCUCCGAGCUGCUGAAAGGCGGGUGCAAGCUGAUCCUCUACACACAGACUUGAUACUCUUUGCUGUUACCUGAAAAGUGCAAUAACUUUGGGGGGCAGGUAUAUUGGCUUGCACUGGUCUCUUCUCAUUGCAGUUACAGAGCAAUACAAGAUCACCAGCACAGAGCAGCAUAUCUUGACUCCAGAAAGCCAGGUUCUUUCUGCUAGAUCUUGCUGAGAUGCAUUUUUGACCAGUGUCUGGAUGCCUACAAAGGAGACAAAGCACACAGGACAUUUGCUUUCUACUCCUGAAAUAUUCCUCUUAAAGUUUUUCUGUCUGUCAGUCUGUUUCAGUAGCAAAUCCAACAGUAUUCUCAUUCCUGGUUGUGCUAGGCUACAGUAACACUGUCCCCUUGUACAAGGAUGUCCUGGUAUUUAUUUAUUUUUUUAACGGUGUAGUUGCUUUGUGUGUUUUUGCCUUUUAAAGUCUGAAGUUUCUUUUUUUUUAAGAAACAAAACAAAAUACCUCAGUAUUUUUUGGGUACUGUAAUCCUGUAAAUACAUCUUAAGAACUGUUUCUGAAGCACUGACGUUGAAAGCACAAAGGCGAUUUUGUGUUUUUGGGUUGCCAACAGUUGUACGUUUGCUGAUUUUAUUUAUGACGUGAAAUAAUAUAUUUCUUCUUAUGAAAGAAGAACAUGGGUUUUGUUAUGAUUGUGCCUUUUUAUACAAACCAAAUAAAUU